UCUCGAAGCUCUACCAUUUCAUCAUGCAAAUUUAGUUCGAGCUAGGCAAAGUGGCUCAUGCUUUUCUUGCCUUGACCUUUUAUGUCCCAUCUGAUUUUUUCCACUUAAACGUAGAAUUUCCAAACAGAUAAAUAAGUUUUUAUGCCUGCGUCUUACGAGGGAUUCGUGUUAUCUUGUUCUUCGUGCUUCAAUCUUUUGUUUCUGUUUGUUCAUUGUCUGUUUGGGUUGAUCGAUAGAUGAGGCCUCCCUGCUGUGACAAGAUGCACGUAAAAAGGGGCCCAUGGAGUGAGGAAGAAGAUGCAAAGAUUCUUGCCCAUGUAUCGAAGCACGGGACUGGCAAUUGGACUUCUGUCCCUAAGAAAGCAGGGCUUUGGAGAUGUGGAAAGAGCUGCAGGCUUCGAUGGACUAAUUACCUAAGGCCAGAACUGAAACAUGAGAGCUUCUCCGUUGAAGAGGAGGAUCUCAUCAUUAAGCUCCAUGCCGCCAUUGGUAGCAGGUGGGCCAUAAUAGCCCAGCAACUCCCAGGGAGAGCAGACAAUGACGUGAAGAACUACUGGAACACGAAGCUGAAGAAGAAGCUCACGGAAAAGGGAAUCGAUCCGAUCACGCACAGGCCAUUCUCCCAGAUCCUGAGAGACUAUGACAGUAUAGGUGGGGUCCCGACCCAAAACCGAAUCGGGUGCAUCAACAAGGACCUUAAGAACGCCUUCUAUACGGGACAAGGAGGGGGAUUUGCUGGCCUAAACUCCUACCAUCAGAUGUCCCAUACGGCGGUGAAACCUGAAACCCCAGAGAACUGCUACUCCCUGGACCUUCUUGCUCAACUCCAAGCCAUAAAACUCGUGACGGAGGGCUCAAGCUGUUCCACUGCCCACGAGAGCUUAUCGUUGUCACCCAAUUUCAUCAAUGCAGGGUGUUUUCUGCCAUCAUCCUCAUCAACAUCCUCAUCCUCUUCUUCCUCGUCUUCCUCAUCUUCCUCAACCUGCUCCACAGCAGUGGCGGCUCAAGAGAAGCCGCUGACUCAUAAUUUCAGCUGGAGCGAGUUUCUUCUUGAGGACACGAACUUGGCCCCGACUGAACAAGAAAAAACCACUGCGAAUGGAGGAGGGCAAAAACAGGCAGGAGACGGAGAGCUCUAUUGUCCCGGUAACGAUGGCUUCAGUGGCACCUGUCUCCAAGCUUCACCAUCCUCCGGUAGCUCGUUUGUGGAAGACAUGCUGAAGAGAGAUGGAGACAUGUUCAUGGAGUUUCCUGAACUGUGGGAAGAACCACACUACUAGUAGCUCAGUUUCGAGGAAAAGAGAAACAUAGUUGAGAAUAACGAGGACUGUGUUCGAGUUUUAUUUUCCUGUUAGGAACUUAAAGAAAUUGUUAUCAUCGGCUUCAUAGAAAGAUGAAGCACUCAUUCGCUUUCUAGUCGAUACUGAGACAGAUAAUAUCUGUUUGUUUUUGGAUAAAGAUCUUCCGCAUUGCCCAUCAUGAAGUCCAGACUCCAUGAUAUUUUAUGUAGUGUUUGGUUUGCUAAGUGUUAUUUUAGAAUUACAAUUUUAAAU